GUAUCGUUCGAGUGGCGUUUGUUGGCGUUCUCUCGCCAACUGUGAGAUGUUGCUGUUGCUUUCAUCGCUGCUGUUCCACGUGGCAAUUGCAGCCGCUGACGACGCCACCAUUCCCUUCAACUCAUGGGGCAACACCGUCGACACACUGCAAUAUGCGCUCGCCUUCAUCGUGGUGUUGGUGGCCGCUCAUCCGCUGGGUCUCUUCUUCCCCAAACUCUUCAAGUUGCCUCUGAUCACGGGAUAUCUCGUGAUCGGGAUCAUCGCAGGGCCGUUUGUGGCCAAUUUGCUGCCCAAGGAGCUGGUGGAAAUGCUGUCGACGUACGUGAGCGCAUUGGCGCUGUCGUUCAUCUCGUUCCAAGCCGGACAGGAGAUUUAUCUACCGGAAUUGCGACCGCAACUCAAGCAGAUCUUCAUCCUCCUUAGUGUUCUCUACGUUGUGGCCAUGAUCGUCCUCACGAGUGUUCAUUUACUGGCAAAUAACGCCUUUUUCUACGACGACUUUAUCACGAAUUGCCAACUGGGGAUUGCACUCAUGUUUGGCUCCAUCUCGGUCCUGGGCUCCCCUGCCACAGUGAUGGCAAUAAAAAUCGAGCUCAACAGUGUCGGGCCCUUCACGAAUCUCAUGCUCGGAGCAACAAUGACAGCGGAAUUUGUGGUGCUAGUGUCUUUCUCCGUCUCGCGCAUUAUUUGCUCUAUUUACUGCGCUGACCUGAGUGUGUCAGUGGGGAAUCUCGUCUUCACAUUGGCCAUGGUGGCGUCUAACUUGCUUCUCGGAGCGCUACUAGGCCUCGUCAUCAUCCUCAUAUUCCAGAUCCCAGGAAGCGCAGCAGACGAACACUUGGAUCUGCAUGACCCCACGUCCCUCACUGCGUCCAACUACGGUCCGUACAAAGAGGUGGAGGCAACAACAGAUCCAGACAACUUGCCACACCCACACAACGCCUACGUGGAGGCAACAGACCGCAGACGCGCCCCAAGCCCAGAGUUCUGGACGACGCGGAUGUCUCUGUAUGUCAAGGGCUUUCUGUGGCUGACCAUGGGCUACAUGUUCUACAUUGCCACUACGACCAUCAGUGAGGCCACUGUGGCGUCCUACGGGUUGUCGUGGGAAGUGAAAUUCGAGCCUUUAUUAGUUCUCAUGGUGGCGUCCUGCCUGGCUGGCCACUACUCGUUGAUUCGCCACGACAUGCAUGUCAUCUUGGACACUGUGGCCCCUUACAUGUUCCUGCCUUUCUUCGUCAUGACUGGCGCUGCUCUCAAACUCGACAAAGUGGUGGACGCCAUCCCGCUCAUGAGUUUGUACGUGUGUCUGCGCUUCGUUUCUGUCUUCAUUGCGUGUUACCUCGGCGGUCGCUUCCUACUGAAACUCUCGCCACGGCAGUACAAUAAUUUGUGGCUGACUAUGACGCCUCAAGCUGGUGUGGCACUAGGUUUGGCAAAUGAAGUGAUGGCGCUAAGCUCCGAACCGUGGGCGGCCGAGUUUGCGGCAACUAUUGUUGCAGCUGUGGUGGUAAACCAGAUCAUCGGACCGGUCUUGUGUGCCAUUGGCCUCAGUCGAGCGGGAGAGAGUAUGUACGACCGAGUGGCAGAGACGCAACCUGCCGAUGGCGACGUUUCCGAGAGUGACAGCAGCGUUAAUGGAGGGCGCGCACUGCACCGCAGUCGCCUCUCCAGCAGUAACAUUACACAGGGCAAUGGGGAUCCACGUGCCUUGCUGCCGUUCUACAAGGUCAAAAGCGCGGUGGUCAUCGGGGAGGACGAAGUGGCGUUUGAAGUUGCCCUCGAGUUGUCCUUAUAUGGCGCUCAAGUGAACGUGCCACUGUUGGACAAAGAGCAAGCGGAAAAGUGGCACUCCAUCAACGAAACGAUCCUAAAACGCUCCGCAAAAGGAGAGUUAAUCCAAUACAAGAACAAGGUUAAAGACCGCGAACAGAACGACCAAAUGUCGACCGCUGAUGUGCUCAUCUUCACUGGCGACGGCAUGCGAACCCUAGAGCACGUACGGACGAUGAAGGCGUUACUGGGAGAAGACCACCCUCGAAUGAUUGCAGUCAUCCCAGACUGUAACUUUGGGAAGGACUUGAAAGAGUUAGGAGUGUUGAUCAUCCAGCCUGCCAUUGCCUUGGCCAAUAUUGCCACUCGGAUGGCUCUACUGGAGCCCAAACUGGCCGAGUCGCUGUCACAGGAGAUCAGCACAACCAGCGACUUCGCCACCGCCGCGUACUUUAUGAACCGCGACUCUGUGCACUCGCUGUCCGAGAUGCGACUCGAAGGUCGUCGCUUGGCUCUGGGCCGAAGUGUCGUCAACCACCACUCGGUUAAUUACGAUCGACUUGCGGAAGCUCUGGCUGCUGAGAACCUCCCUAUGCCUCCUCCGCCGUCGCGUGUGUCCAUGUUUGGCACUUCAGCUGCGGGGUUCGACCCGUUCGCCAGUCGUGGCGAUGGCAUGUCGGCGUACGAGCAUUUCGUGGUGCAAGAUGAACCCGACGUUAAUGAUGAGAAUGUUUUCAACGCGCAGUUCGUGCAACGCUCGCCUCGGUUGGGAGUCUUCCCAUCGCCACAAGGGAGUAACUCGUACUCGUUCGUGCGAUCCAGAUCGUCUCGUAGUCCUGGAGGAGGUCGUCCACGCGUUAAUUCGAGCACAGGCAGCGUCCACCGCGGACUCGCGCGCACGUAUUCUGAUGUUGUAUAAAUUGUCAGUAAUAAAAAUUCUACCAUGGGUAGAAGGAAUUUACCCAGCUA